GGAUAUUCAUGAGCGUGUUGUGGUACAUAGUGUGACCAUUGCGCGCGAUGGAGGAAUUCUGGACUGGGACGAUCUGGUGCGCGAUGUCCUGGACGACCGCGAAUUGGUCACUGCUCACUACUCCAUUGCCACUUUGGCCAAUAGCACGGCAACGACACUGACCAGCGCAACAGCUGAAAAAGACCCAACACUUGCCCUGAAUUCAACCGAUCAGCUGUUUAGACACUUGUGCACACCACUGGUGGUUGAUUUGUGCUCGGACAGUGGUGCGGGUGGAUCUUAUCACAGCGGGCCACAGUCGAACGAAGCCAGUGGAAGUGGAGAAAGUGCAACUGGUUUCCCGCGGUUGGCCGCAAAUUCAGGACUCGUCAGAGCCAUUGCUGCGGCCAGUCCUGCUGCUUGUAGAGAACCGGGAAACACACUGUCCGCGUCGGCAGUGGCUGAGGACAAUAAUCUAAACGGGAGUAGUCGAAGCAGUAGCAGCCUCAGUUUGAAUAUGAGCAGCGGGAGUUGUAACGGUCAUCAUACACAUUCAUCCAACACAUGGAAACAACCGGAGCAAGCAAAAACAGCUGGAGAAGAGCCGGUUCGUAAGAACAGCCUUCCUAUUCCCGACAAUCGAGGACAACUUACCUGCCCACAUUUUGGCUCGCAUCCAAGCCGAACUUCUGAGUUGGACAGGAUUUUUCGUGUAACCAACCACUCGGUAACCGAUGCGACAUUUUGGGAACCGCUCAGAUCAUCGGAACCGUCCGGUACACUACCGAGUUCAGUUGGACGCAAUUCUUCUACCCCAGACAGUUCCGGUGUCUGGCACCAGGCCUUCUCUCCGACCACUUUUGCGACGCUGGCCUCCGUGCUCUGUCGACGACGUGACUGUAUUGAAAUGAACUGGGAUACCGAUGAAGAUGAAGACGACGAGGAGGAAGAGGAAAGUCGGGCUGGAGAUAUUGUCCGCCCGAACGAAAAUCGUGCCAACGCAAAUUUUAUAAAUUCGGAUGAUCACGCCCGUAUGAUGACCUCUCCCAGGCCACUGUCUGAAAUUUGGAAUGGCAAGCAAACCACCCAUCUGAUGCACAAAAAUGAUAGUUCAGCGUCACGGAUCCAAACGUACAUGGCUCCCGUUCCUCCAUCCAACGUUUCCCUCCUACAGUCGGUCGUCUCGGAAGUUCCUUCAUCAAAGUUGUGGCCACUGCCUCCUGAACCGGUUGUGGAGGAGACUUCUGGAAGUGAUACUCUCCGGGACAGGGAGAAAAUACAUGAUCGUAAGAAUGUUGUCGGAUGUCAGACCGACUUCGCCGACCACCUCCAGUUGUCGUCCGUGGGAGACAAGAGUCUUCCUCAGCCGUCUUACAUUCAUUCCAAAGCAACGGGAUCACUGGUUGUCCAGUCAAUCACAUCAACCACUGUGACGACGUCCCUUCCGUGUUGGAACGCACCAGCUGCGGGAGACAGACAGUUGGAUUUCGAGAUACCAUCUUUAGAUCUCACACACCCGAUAGAGCUCCUGACGUCAACCGUCAAACCACUCUGCAGUCGAACAUUUUUCUCCGGUCUGGGUGUUCCCACCAUCGUUGAAGAGGAGGAGGAGGUUUCUGUAGACUACGACACGAGCCUGAUGACGUCAUCCAUGCACAAGCCAGCGUCGGAAUAUCUGGACGGUCCUCCAGUCGCAACCGGGCACCAUUUGACACAGGAGACACCCGAAGAGGAUUACCCACUUCUGCGUCCAGACUACUUUGUAAAUGUUGAUCGCUCCGAACACAGCAGCGGUGGAACAACAACAAAAAACAAUCGGGAAUUUUCACCAAGCCUUGGGGAAAAUGUGGAAAUUUUGCGAGAUUCGUUUGUGGCCUGCCCUUCUCUGGUUCAACACCCGACUGACGAGAUCGCCCACAGGUCCAGUAUACCACGCGGGCUCCCCUUACCGGCAGUUCUACGGUGGCUGGAAUCGACUCAAACAGGCAACGAGCAGAUGACAGCUCAGCCUGAGUCUCCAGCUGGUACGAACGUGAUAAGUUCCACAGCUCCGCGUGUUUCUGGCAAUAUGCCGAUCUUGUCCGGCCCAACUUUUCCCGAUCGGACGACGAAACAAGAGCCCAGACCAAUCGGUGAAGAAGUCAAAAUUACGCGAACGACCAACCCCGAUACAGUUUUGGUUCGUUUGCGCAACACAAGACGAGGCGAAAACCUGGGUAUUCAAAUCAAACCGGUGUUUGUGGACUCAGCAAAGCUACCCCGGGAAGCGAACAUACAGUCAAGCACCACAGAUCGAGUGGGCCGCGAUAUGUUUCAAGCCGCUCUCAGUCAACCCGAACUAGUGCUCGAGGUGCUGCCCCGUGCCGCGUCCGGGACCACAGUUGGACAAGUAGAACCGCCAUGUGAGAAACCAGAGAAACUGUGUUGCCGUCUGAUUGUCAUAGAUGACCAGAGUGCCAAGGCUAAAGAGGCCGAGGCGCAAGGUUCCAAUGGACUUGGUUUCAGCUUGACCAGCCGGGACCACCCGGUUCUGAAGGAACGUAUGGUUUGUGUUAAAAGUGUCCUACCUGGAGGUGCAGCCCUUAUGGACGGUCGUUUACAUCCAGGAGAUCGAUUGGUGCAGGUGGAUGGACACGAUGUGGCCAUAUUGGGGCAAGCUCGAGCCGUGCAUUUGCUCAGGGAGAAACCUGUAAACAGUAUUGUAAAGCUUCUUGUUUGGCGUGAGCCGGCAGCAAACGUCAGUCGCGGAUCAGGUAUGGUGGCUAGUCCUACCGCCUCGAAUAAGCCUUUGGCUAAGGACGCAACCAUACCGGUGACCCCAACUUCUACAAAGAAAGUCGAAGAUCUUGCAGACUAUCGGAUCCAUUCGAUCAAUCCAGCCCAUUUUAAAAUAUUUGAUCUGUACAUUCCGCUACCACAAACGCCUACUAACCUACCCAUGGAGAACCCUUCCACCUCCUCACCCGUUACUCUCGGUGUUUCGGUGUCCGUCCGACCCUCCCUUCCACCGCACGUUCCUCUUCAAGCGUCUCACCGGGAACCAGACAAUUCAGAGAAUGCUGUUUUUGUUAGAACAGUGAUCGAAGGUGGGGCAGCAUAUAGUGACGGCCGACUUCAGGUCGGUGAUCGACUACUGUCGAUCGAUGGGAUACCGCUGUCGGGAAUUUCCGGUGCGGAUGCACUCACGCGAAUGAAAACAGUUAUCGCGCGCAACUUGGCGGAAAAGCGACCUUCUGUACGCUUGCUCAUCGCUCGAUUGCGAGUCGAGCCGGAGACGUCCAGCGCGCAUGAGCAAAGAGAGCGGAUUGGGGACGGGUCAAUGGCAUCCGGGACCAGCGUCGAAACUCACUCGACUGGUCACGUCCAAAACAUGCCCAAGCACACUCAGAGUAAGACCCACCUCUCCAAUGUCCCUCCCGUACCCGUGAAAACCUCCAUGGUCGUCGCGGCAGAGGUGCAUUCUUCAGACCAAACCAACCAACCACCAACACUGAGUUAUUCACGAAACGAAUCCCCUCUGAUUCCGGGACGUCGGAACCCGCAACAAGAACUGACACAAUCAACAGGGACCACACCUACUCCAUUUGUACAAAAAUCCAGUCCCCGUCAUCACACUCACCGACAGUGUAGGAAACCUUCCCACUCUGCUCGUUCCAGCAGACGCAAAGAGCGUAAGCCAGUCUAUCCGAGUCCUGGAAACGCAUACGCCGCAACCCUACCAAAGUAUAAAGUCAGCGAUGUCCCCACUGAGGACUCGACUGGCUUCCGCGCUGCAGCAUCGGACUCCUCACCUCCAACUCUACGCCACCACCCAUGCACCGAUAAUCAGGUUGUGCCCCCUUUUCCUGCCAGUAGUCCACUCAUCCCAACUGCAAAAGUUCGAGGAUUUCGAAAGAAUCACAGUGCUUCCUCCAGCCAGCAUGAUUCAGAGGAAACCGUCUCCUCUACCGAUUUGAAUGAAGAACAUAAUACCGGGAAACCGUUCAGAUUUGCCCUUCCAAAGUAUCACAGCUCCAACACCGAUCUGAAUGGGAGUAGUACUGCUUUCUCUGAUCCGGAAUCAGAAAGACAUUCAUCGGCAUUCCGGCAUCCCAGUCACCGUCGUCAAGUCUGUACGAUUGUGGGUCCGCGCUAUCGCUGUCGAGAGAACCAUCCACCUUGUCGAGUAAUCAUACAGCAGCCACGAAUCGAUUUAAGUCAAAUGGUCCUUGUUCCUUUUGAUCCCGACGCAUGGAAUGGUCCUGUCCUUAAACCGCGUAGUUCCCUUAAACCCGAAGAACUGACUCAGAUAUCACUGGAUCAUCAAAGCUCAGAGUAUCGAUUCCCUGCUCACAUUGCUUUAACGGACGUUAGAUCUGAUUCAAGGCAGUCCACACCGGCUUCGAGGGCAACAGUCGCAACGCAUUCUGCCAUUUCAAAGAUGUCCGCAUUGUCAUAUGAUUCUGACGGUGGAACUAGUAGAAAGACAAGUCAAAGCAGCGGGACAGAUUUGUCGGUCAAGCAAACGCAUAGAAGACUCAUCGGUAGGAUUUUGAAACUUGUGAAAAGCGGAAGGCAUCGUCGAUUCAGUCACACCGAGCUUAGCGUAAGCACUCAGACCGACCCACCCAUAGUCCAACAGCCAAGCCCUCCAGAUCCUGCAGCCACGAAGCCUGGCUUGGUGAAUAAGCUAUGCGUGGAUUCUCAAACUGCUCAGUGUGGUCUUGGAGACGAGCAGGCCCAUCAACUCACCAGCGUACCAAAAACCCGCACUGACCUUUUUACUCAAGCUCCUAUCUCAUCUGGCUCCAACGUCUCUUGCGCAACAUUCAAUACCAUGAGCAGAAACCCGUCCGUGUCACAAAAUCCAGACGCCUUCGACCCUGAUCACACAGAAUCGAAGGCACAGGAUCACGUCUACAGUACUGCCAAUUCGGAACCAAACGAAGUCCAUGGGGCGUCUAUGUCAGGGCUGUCAAGAACAGUUCCCUCACUGCCCAGGGGAAAAGACGAUCGAACCGGUCGACCGAAUCACCCUUACGCCGACCUGUCUUUUCACCAACCUGCUGAGGUGGUCACCAACCGUCCCGGAAGUUGUGCCAAAGGCGUCCAAACUACUUUUGUAUUCCCAACGGUGAACCUUGCCCAAAGCUCAAUCAAUCGUCUAUUUGACACCGAUGCCAGCUCUUGCUCGACAGCCUAUGAAUCUGUUCUGGAGUUCCUUGAACCGACAGAAACUGGCACUUCGUCACCGAAGCAGAAAACCAGUAGGGAAGUUUACGAAGACGCGGAAGCACUUUAUCGCUACCUGGCAGAUAUGAAACGGCAGUCGGGUCAACAGACACCACAAACAAACGACAAUGAUAGCCCCGAAAGAAGCACAACCCCCAAUUGUCAAACAUCAUCUUGA